ACUCAGAUAGAUUUUUAGCUUUUUUAUAUUUAAUUGGCUUUGGAAACAUCGAAGCAAUCAACUUAGCGUCUCAAGAAGCCAGCUCCUUGGGUCAAAGCAAGCUCUAAUAUUGGUCCAAAUACAAAUAAUCUUAACUUCAUCAAGGAUUUUGUUCCAAAAUUCAGACCUACAAAGAUUAUAACGCAUCUAAUUAAUGGCUAAAAACUCCCAUGUCCCAAAAUUUGGUUGCUGGGACAACGAUAAUAUUCCUUACACAGCUUACUUUGACAAUGCGCGCAAAGAGAAAUCCAGUGUAAAGAUGAACCCAAAUGAUCCAGAGGAGAAUCCAGAGGCCUUCAUGUACAUGACAGGGGGCUCAGAAAUUAAUGCUGAUCACCAUGCAUUUCAGGAUCCUCUCCAUGUCAAUUCCAAUAAGUCAAAUUCAUCUGUAGGAAAACACCACAUUGAGGGACAUACAAGGCAUCGUGCUCACCGGAGGAACACAGUUAAUCAACCAAAAAUUCAGAGCCAAAAGAGCAUCACAUCAGAAUCCGGCAGCGAUAAAAGCAACUCUGAACAUUCAAUCAUGCAGCCUAAUCACCGACGUGUGGGGUCUGAUCACAAGAAGAAGAGUUUAGCAGAAGGAAGUAAUACCUUCUCUCUGUCAAUACCUGGACAUGCAAGAAAAAGAAGUGGAAGUCGUCCCUCUGUUGAAACUCAUCAUAGAGCAGCCUCGGUACCCAAAUUCGGAGCUUGGGAUGAAUUAGACCCUCAAUCAGGAGAAGGAUUUACUGCCAUAUUCAACAAAGUAAAAGAGGAAAAACAAAUUGCAUCUUCGCAGUUACCAAAUGUGUCUCCACAACCAAGCUAUUAUCCUAGUGCUCAAAGACAUGAACGAUCUUCCCCCAGAUCAAAGAUUUGUUGCUGUCUUUUUUCAAGUGGAAGCGAGUGAAGUAUGUACAUGGCUUUACUUUUACAGUUUUACUUCUCACUCCCUAGUCUAAAAACUUUCAAGUUUGUUUGUUGACUUCGCUAUUUUUCUCGAAGUAUUUGACUACUGGAUGUUCUACUGAUAUAUAUAUAUUUUUUCUAUUUGUAAUUGCUUCUUGAUUUUUCUUCUGAAUUUUAAAGAAGUUUGGAUUAAUUUUCAGGGAACACUAUCCUCUUCUGGAGUU